AACCUCAAUUUGAUAAUCGCAAUAACGCAUAUCAGACUCUUUCCUAAUCUUCUCCUAAUUUUCCAUCCUUGUCCCUUUUUUAAGCCCAGCACUUCCAUCUUCCUUCUUUCUCACCCUUUUCUCUCUCCUCUUUUCUUCUCCCAUGUAAAAAAUUUUCAUGCUCGAGUCAAAAUGCUCAAACAAGUUCCAAUUUUGAUGUUCUAGGUUGUGACCCUUUUGUAUUUUGUUCUUUCCUGAUGUGGUUUCCGCAGGUGGGUGCUGGAAUUGGGAAUUUUUGUUUGUCUGUGACCCUUUGUUGCAUCAAUUAUUGAACUGGGUAUUGUUAAUUAUCUUGGAUUUUGAUUUAUGGAAGCCAGAUUUGGGGGAAAGAAUCAGUUUUUAUAUGGAGCUGUGGUUCCAGAAAUGAAAGGUGUUGGGAAGAGGAGUUUGGAGUGGGAUUUGAAUGAUUGGAGAUGGGACGGUGAUCUCUUCGGUGAAGGCGAAGAAAGGGAGGAGCUGAAUGAUGGAGGAGGAGGAGGUGGUGGUGGUGGUAGUUCUCUUAAUUUGAAUCUUGGAGCUCAGGUUUACCCAAUCAUGGUGGAAGGGGAUGAGAAAAGUGGGAAGAAGACAAAGGUAGUAGAGACAGCUGCUACAACUUCUAACCGUGCAGUUUGUCAGGUACAAGAUUGUAGGGUUGAUCUUAGUGGUGCAAAGGAUUACCACCGUCGACAUAAAGUUUGUGAUGUGCAUUCUAAAGCUACUAAGGCCCUUGUGGGAAAUGUUAUGCAGCGGUUUUGUCAACAGUGUAGCAGGUUUCAUGCGCUUGAGGAGUUUGAUGAAGGGAAGCGGAGUUGUCGUAGGCGUUUGGCAGGCCACAAUAGGAGGAGGAGGAAAACGCAUCCUGAUGCAGCUGGAGUUAAUGGAGGUUCUCUGAAUGGUGAAAGGGGUAGUAGCUAUCUGUUGAUGAGUUUGUUACGGAUACUGUCCAAUAUGCAUUCAAACGGGUCAGAUAAUACAAGGAACCAGGAUAUUCUCUCUCAUCUACUGGGGAACCUGGCAAAUCUGGCGGGUACACUUAAUGAAAGAAGUAUAGCCUCUUUGCUGGAGGGAUCUCAAGGUUUGGUAAAUUCUAGGACACCUGAAGCUGCGCACAAUGUGCCAAAUCUUAAUUCAAAUGGUCCUGAAGCCUCAAGGCCUUCUGGUUCUCCCAUCAAGACGGGUAAUGGUGCCAUCCAGCAGGAUCCUCCAAGGUCUAUGGUACAGUGUGAGGCAGCACCUUUGAAUGCUGUCACAGAAAAAUGCGUACCUUUAAGUCAUGGUGCAGCGGCAAAUUUGAAACCUUCGGGAAUCCAGCCCUCCUCAAAUGUACUUCUAUCGAGGGAUAGCCAACCAUCCCAGUUAAUUGCAGCAGAUACUAGUGUUGGAAGGGAUCACUUAAAUAACAUCGACCUGAAUAAUGUAUAUGAUGAUACACAGGAUUGUGCCGAGAAUCCUAAGAAGUCUUCUGCUCCCGUGGGAGAGGUUAGGUCUCUUGAUCAUCCUUUGUGGUUGCAAUGUAACUCUCUCAAAUCAAGUCCACCGCAGACAAGUAUAAACUCAGAUUCAACCUCCACCCAGUCACCAUCUAGUUCUAGUGGAGAAGCUCAGUCUCGCACAGAUCGAAUAGUUUUCAAACUCUUUGGCAAGGAUCCAAGUGAUUUUCCCCAUGUUCUCCGAUCACAGAUCCUCAAUUGGUUAUCACACAGUCCUACCGAGAUUGAGAGCUAUAUAAGGCCAGGCUGUAUCGUAUUAACAAUAUAUCUCCGCCUCGAGAAAUCCGCAUGGGAGGAGCUCUCCUGUAACCUCGGAUCCAGCUUGAGCAAGCUUGCUUCAAAUGAUUCUUUCUGGACAACAGGUUGGGUAUAUACUAGGGUGCAACAAUCUGUAGCUUUUUUGUAUAACGGCCAAGUUGUCUUAGACGCGCCCUUGCAUCUUAGAAGCCCACAGAAUUGUAGGAUUUCAUGCAUUAAACCACUUGCUGUUCCUAAAAAUGCAAAUGCUAAGUUUACUGUGAAAGGGUUCAACCUUUUCAGAUCCAGCACAAGGAUGCUUUGUGCUUUUGAAGGGAAGUAUCUGGUACAUGAUAGUUCUCAUGAUUUGAUUGAUGUAGCCGAUGUAUCCGAUGCAGCUAUCCAACAUCUCAGCUUCUCUUGUCAAAUACCAAAUGUAACUGGCAGGGGGUUUGUUGAGGUGGAAGAUCAUGGUCUUAGCAGCUGUUCCUUUCCAUUUAUAGUUGCAGAGCAAGAAAUUUGUACAGAGAUCUGCAAGCUGGAGAAUGUGAUUGAGGCGGCAGAUGCCACUGAUGACGUCUUGUUAAAGAGCAAACAAAUAGAAGAAAAGACUCGAGCUCUGGAAUUCUUACAAGAAAUGGGUUGGCUUCUUCAUAGAAGUCGUUUGAAUGUUAGGCUAGGUACCCUGGCGCCUACUCAGGAUCCCUUUCAUUUCAAUCGGUUCGUGUGGCUUGUUGAUUUCUCCAUGGACCAUGAUUGGUGUGCAGUGGUGAAAAAACUCUUGGACAUUAUAUUUGAGGAUGGUGUUGAUGUAGGAGAUCAUGCCUCCAUCGAGCUUGCGUUAUUGGACAUGGGUCUUCUACACAAAGCUGUGAAGAGAAAUUCAAGGCCUAUGGUGGAACUAUUGUUAAAAUUUGUGCCUACGAAAAGUUCAGCUGGGGCAGCCAAAUUCUUAUUUAGACCUGAUAAUGUUGGGCCGGCAGGGUUAACUCCACUUCAUGUCGCAGCAAGCAUGAAAGGCUCUGAGAAUGUCUUGGAUGCAUUAACUGAUGAUCCAGGAAUGGUUGGAAUUGAAGCAUGGAAAAGUGCUAGGGACAAUACAGGCUUGACGCCUAAUGAUUAUGCAAGCCUCCGUGGCUAUUUCUCCUACAUUCAACUUGUCCAGAAGAACACCAACAAAAGGCGCGAAGGACAACAUGUGCUUGAUAUCCCCGGCGCCAUUGUAGACAGUAACACAAAGCAGAAGCAACUAGAUGUGAACAGGACAUCUAAGCUUGCAAGUUUGCACACCGAGAAGCUCGAAACCACAGUGAUGGCGAGUCAAUGCGGGAUAUGCCAGCACAGGCUGGCUUAUGGCGGCACAAGAGCGGCACUGGUUUAUCGGCCGGCGAUGCUCUCACUUGUGGCCAUUGCAGCUGUUUGUGUAUGUGUGGCAUUGCUCUUCAAAAGCUCACCUAAAGUUUAUUAUGUCUUCCAGCCUUUCAACUGGGAAUCACUGGGAUAUGGUUAUAUCUAAGUUUUUUGAAUAGUACAUGCACUUUUGAUUUCUAUAUAUAUUGAAACAUGAGAGUCUCUAGUUUCUGGGCAUGAGAAAUGUUCUAUUUCUCAUUUUUGUCUUGUAUACCGAGUCGACACACUUGUUCGCCAUCGGACGAGAUGUCAUCGACUCAGUUUACGAGCAAUGUGAGUACAAAUAAUACUAUUCGAGUAUAGUAGUGGCUGUCAACCUGUGAUAAAAAUAUAUUAGGGAAGCCAAAGAUAUCUUGAAUCUUUGAUUAUGCAAAAUAUAUUAUGCUAUGUCAUUAGGCCC